UAUAGCAGAAACGGAAGUAGCACGAGCACUAACACACUGGUUGGAAUUGCGUUUGUGUCUUUGUGGCACUUUGCACUUGCUCUUUUCAAAAUCUUCGAUAAUUUUCGUAGGAGGUUUGACAAUGGCUGUAUACUGGACGGCGAAUAUGUCAUCUUUUCCCCAUCAUCCCUCCCAAUUCAUCUCAAAAUCCGCCGACACCUUGCUUACUGAGUUGCUCCGUGACCUCAGAGAUGACAAAGUUACCGACAACAACAAGGUAUACCUGCUGUCCCCACUAUGUGAGCAACCGGCCCUCCUAUGUCCCACAGUCUCUGUUGGUUUGCCUUCUACAUACUACUCUGCUGAUGAAGUAUACCUACACGGACAGCCUAUUCAGCACUGA